ACUUAUCUUGUGUAGUAAGUCUAAGCACCCUAUUAGCUCGAUUUUGAGAGAGUAUAAUGGCCAAUUUCCUUAUAAAAAUCUCAACCAGUCUCUCCCUAAUCGCCUCACUUCUUCUACUGCUAUCCACAUUCGAAAACUCUCAAGUAUCAGCACUAGCAAAUAUCUCAGCACCAUCGUCAACAAACGACACUAAUAUUGACAAUGCUCUUCAAUAUGCCGAAGAAGACGGCAGCGACGACGACGACGAAGAAGAUUUUUACGUCCUGGACAAGGCGCCACAGACAAACGUCCGAUCAAGUAGUCGAUUCUUGGCGAGCUACAUCAUAAAGAAAGGCACUCAAUGUCACCCCAAGAAUUACAACGUGUGCAAUGGGGUCCCGGCUAACAAAGGGAAGAGUAUUCUCUACUGCUGCAAAACGCAUUGUCGUAACGUCCUUGGCGACCGCAACAACUGCGGCAGAUGUGGCCACAAGUGCAAGUUCGAUGAGCGUUGCUGUAACGGCAGAUGCACCGAAGUUUUGAUCAAUACAAAAAAUUGUGGCAAGUGUGGUAAGCGAUGCAAGGCCGGUGUUGCUUGCGAUAAUGGCUACUGUGGUUACGCAUAA